UGCCCGUUAGAGUGUACUAGAGGCUUCUGAAUCCCUUCCCGAGAUUCAUGUGCAUUUCCUGUCGAAUCCACUACGCAGAUUUAGAUUUCUAAGAAAGACGCCAUCAUGUCGAGACUAUUUGUAGAGUCCGUUGACGAAUGUCCACCCAUAGAAGGAAUCAUCGAAGGUAGAGUACCUUCCUGGAUCAAGGGCACUUUAUUCAGAAAUGGGCCAGGACUAUACGAGUUUGGGAAAUACAAGAUGAAUCACAUGUUCGAUGGAAUGGCAGCGGUACAAAGAUGGACAUUCCGUGAUGGAAAAAUCACAUAUCAACGGAAGUUCGUCAACAGUCAGGCGUUUCAAAGAAACCAAAGUUCAAACCGUAUAGUCUUUACGGAAUUUGGUACACACAAAGUUCCAGAUCCUUGCCUGAAUAUAUUUCAAAGAUUCAUUUCGUUCUUCACAUCUGAUGAGAACACCGAUAACACCUGUGUCACAGUCUGGCCUCAAGGAGACAGGGUUUUUGUUUCUACGGAAACGGUCAAAAUUCAUGAAAUUAACCCAGAAACACUGGAAACUCUGCAAACAGUAAAUUUGUCCGACUUUUUGACCAUAAACACAGCCACAGCACACACGCAUUGGGACAACGAUGGCACUGUACAUCAUUUUGGUUUCUGGUUCAAAGGAAAAGACCCAAAGUAUACCUUAUUUAAAAUUCCACCAAAAGCAGAAGUAAAGGACGCAUAUUCUAAUAUCGACAUUGUUGGGUCUGUGCCUAGCAGAUGGAAGUUACACCCCAGCUAUGUCCACAGUUUCGGAAUCACGGAAGACUUCUACGUCUUUGUGGAGCAGCCCCUUGUAUUCGACAUUUUGAAGUUUGUGUCUAUGAACGUAGCAAAAAGAGGAAUUGAAAAAAAAUUUGACAUGACAUUAUUUUACAUGUUGAACAGAAAGACCGGAAAACGCCACAACCCCUCAGUGAAAUAUAGCGGGGACCCCAUGUUCAUGUUCCAUAUCAUCAACAGCUACCAAGAGGAAGAUUUUCUGGUGUUUGAUGUCUGUGCAUUUAAGGACAACACAAUCAUUAAGACUUUGUACCUGAAGAACUUUACAGAGGAGAAGAUAGCCGAAACAAUGAAAAACCUACCAGGAGCUAGUGUUCGUAGAUAUGUGUUCCCAUUAAACAUCGAUAAAAACACUCCAUUGAACGAGAACCUGAUUACCCUGCUCGGGUGUACAGCUACCGCAGUGAAGAUAUCAGCCACAAAGGUCUACUGUAGCUGGCAGGAGAUUGACACACAAGGACAUGGGUUUGAGCUUCCACAGAUUAAUUAUACACACUAUAACGGGAAGAAGUAUAGAUAUGCCUAUGGAGUUGGUAAAGAUUUAUCAAAGCAGCUGGUGAAACUGGAUAUGGACACUCAAGAAGUCAAAUUGUGGUCGGCAGAGGGGUACUUCGUAUCGGAACCAGUGUUUUUAGCUACCCCCGGGGCUACCAAGGAGGAUGAUGGUGUGGUCCUCAGCGCAAUCAGUCCACAAGACAAAGACAAGCAGGCAUUUCUGUUAUUACUUAAUGCACAGACUUUUGAAGAAAGAGCUCGUGUGACCUUUGACACAGACAGAUUUUCAAGAGAUCUCCAUGGAUUUUUUAAAACUGAAAUGCAAUAAAUGCUUCUUUCUUUC